CCACGUGACUCCUCCCAUAUCCCGGCGUGCCCCGCGGGCCACCUUCUCUUCCGGCGCCAAGAUGUCGAAGCGAGGACGUGGUGGUUCCUCCGGUGCCAAGUUCCGCAUUUCCCUCGGUCUCCCGGUGGGAGCAGUGAUCAACUGUGCAGACAACACAGGUGCCAAGAACCUGUACAUCAUCUCCGUGAAGGGCAUCAAGGGGCGCCUGAAUCGGCUGCCGGCGGCAGGUGUGGGUGACAUGGUGAUGGCGACCGUCAAAAAGGGCAAACCGGAGCUGAGGAAGAAGGUCCAUCCGGCAGUGGUGAUCCGGCAGCGGAAAUCGUACAGGAGGAAAGAUGGAGUGUUCCUUUAUUUUGAAGAUAACGCGGGAGUGAUAGUCAAUAAUAAAGGGGAAAUGAAAGGCUCUGCAAUCACAGGCCCUGUGGCUAAGGAGUGUGCGGAUCUGUGGCCCAGGAUAGCCUCCAACGCGGGAAGCAUUGCGUAGAUGCGCUCUGCUCCGGAGGGUUUAAAUAAAACUCCUUGUACCAAA